AUUAACCAAAUGUGUUACGUCUGCACUUUUCCCGGAAAGCAGCAGCAGGUGACGAGUGUCCGCUCAGGUAGAGGACGCGUGCUAGGACGAAUAAAAGGACACGUCGUAGGACGAAUAAAAGGACACGUACGGCGGCGCUUCGUCACUAAAACUUUACUAAUGGCGUUAACUCAAGAGUCUGUGCUGUCCGUGUUGAUAGCAGAGGGUGGAAAAGUGAAGAAAAGCGACCUCGUGGCUAAAUUUAAAGGCUCAUUUGACUGCGAGGACCCGACAGAGAAAGAACGGAACAAGGAGCUUUUUAAGACCUUCGUCAACAACGCCGCCUUUGUCAAGGAGGUCGACGGCGUCAAGUACGUCUUCGUCAGGAAGAAGUACCAACACUUGCUAGAGGACACUGAGAGUGUGGAGAGCUGUGGAGGAGAGGAGCCCUGGGCUGAGUCUCCUGUGCAGUUGGCCCUGCAGAGGAUCCAGUCCAAGUCUGCAGAGUUCCGAGUUCAAAAAGCCCUGCGUUUCCAGAUUUCACAGUGGGAGCACUCAGAUGGAGGGGAAAACACCUCCAGUACACAGUCUGCUUUACCCCCCAGCAGCUCCACUAUAGUGGAGAUCCACAAGCUGAAGGCGGACUUGCGAAGCACUCCCGAUGCCUUCAGGAACGAGAGCAAGAUGUGUUUCCUGGAGACCAACCAACCGAAGAAGGUGGCCAACGAGGAGCCCAAAGAACCCAGGUUCUCCUCCGUGGUUCCCCUGGAGCAGUCAGAGCACCAGUGGUUUGUGAAGUGUGCCGCCGGCCACUGGAGCCAGGUCUAUGUUCUGCUCCUCACUGAUACGCAGCUGGCAGAGAAGAGGGACUUCAUGUCCGGCUUUACCGUGUUGCACUGGGCUGCUAAGUGGGGAAACACUGAAAUGCUUGAAAAGAUCAUCGAACUAUCCCGGCUUGGAGGCGUCGACGUCAACAUCAACGCAAGAACGCAUGGGGGGUACACUCCUUUGCACAUUGCAGCCUUACACGCGCAGGAAUACAUCCUGGCUAUGCUGGUGGAGGAGUACGGCGCCAACAUUAGUGUCCGGGACAACUGUGGAAAGAAGGCCUACCACUAUCUGAGCAAAGGCAUUUCUACAAAGGUUCGAGAGAUGCUGGGUGACCCCCGGUCCCAGCUGGAUCAGGAGAAGUCCUUCCUAGAGAGAGAAGAGCUGGACCUGCUCCCGGACCUCUCCAAGUCCCUGCAUUCGAUAAGUCGUCUCUUCCAGCCCCAUUUGACAGGCCCCAAGAAGAAGCACAAGCUGAGGCCCAGCCUUUACUCGCUGACCAAUGAGGCAGAGGAAGAACAGGAGGACAGCACCGUCUCGAGGCCCAGACCUUUAUCAGAGGUUUUUAUGUAAUCUGAGGAUUGUGGUAGUCUUGUUUCUAUGCAGGGAAGCAGACAACACCAAGUAUUGUCAAACAAGCCUAGAAACAUUAGCAAUAAAAGCUAAUAUAGGUCACUGGGUGCUCUAUAAAUAGAUUUUAAAGUUUUUGUCCAAAAACAUAAAUAAAAACACUGAGAUG